UAAUAAAUUAAAAAUGACGUAUGAUUUGUUAAAAUAAAAACAAUGAGAUUUAACAAUAACUUCCAAAUGCAUAAGAAAUAAAUUCUUUACAUAUAAGAGAAAUCGAACUAGAAUAAUAAAUGUGUGUGGCUACAAGAGAUAUAAUGGAUUGUAUGUUCGAAGCUUGUUUAGAAGCAACACUGGAGCCAGAUGAUAUCCCAAAAACAACUGAGCCAGUAUGGAUACUUGGAAAAAGAUACAAUGCUGUUCAAGAUAUCAACAAAAUAAGACAAGAUAUAUUUUCAAAACUAUGGAUCACCUACAGAAAAAACUUCAUUCCAAUAGGAGAUAUCAACAAAAUAAGACAAGACAUAGUUUCAAGACUAUGGGUCACCUACAGAAAAAACUUCAUUCCGAUAGGAGGCAAUGAAGGGCUUACAUCAGACAAAGGAUGGGGUUGUAUGUUAAGAUGUGGACAAAUGGUCCUGGCACAAGCUCUAGUGUCUCUUCACUUAGGAAGAGAUUGGCUAUGGGAUCCUCAAUCCAAGGAUUUAACAUAUUUAAAGAUUCUCAAGAAGUUUGAAGAUCGUCGGCAAGCUCCUUAUUCCAUACACCAAAUAGCACUGAUGGGGGCAUCUCUAGGCAAACAAGUGGGGGAGUGGUUUGGACCCAAUACUAUUGCACAAGUUCUCAAGAAACUGGUAAAAUAUGAUGAAUGGAGUAGAUUAGCAAUUCAUGUAGCUUUAGAUAACACAGUUGUAAUUUCUGAUAUAAAGGAAUUAUGUUUUUUAAAAAGAAAACUCGAUGGUACAAAUUUAACAACUUACGAAUGGAAACCAUUACUACUUAUUGUUCCCUUGAGGUUAGGACUCACCGAAAUCAAUCCUAUAUAUGUUAGUGGCUUGCAAAAAUGCUUCCAGUUUAGGCAAAGUCUAGGACUAAUUGGUGGAAAACCGAAUGUCGCCCUUUAUUUUAUUGGUUGUGUGGGCAAAGAAGUGAUAUAUCUCGAUCCUCAUCACACCCAAAAAACCUGUUGUGUCGAAAACAAAGAAACGAUCGAACAAAUAGAAGCAGACUUAACUUAUCAUUGUAAAUACGCAUCUAGAAUCAACAUACUCAAAAUGGAUCCAUCGAUAGCUAUGUGUUUCUUUUGUAAAACGGAACAAGAUUUUGACGAUUUUUGUCAGAGAGUAAAAACUGAUCUGAUCGAUCCAGAAAAAGAGCCAAUGUUCGAAAUUAGUUUUAACAAACCAAAAGAGUGGUCACCAAUUUUAGAAAACGCUGUAGAAGCUGGAGCUGCAUCAUUCACAGAUUACCAAGAAUCUAGUAGUAAAUACUUUGACUCAGACCACGAAUUCGAGAUUCUCUAAUGUUUUGAAUCGUCGCAAAUGUUGUAUUUUGUGUCCGAUGGCCAAUGUGAACUAUUAUAUUGUAAUUCAUAACGACUUUGACGAACUUGAAAACAAAAAGUGCUUAUUAAGAGAUAUUGCUAUGCAUUUACUUUAUUGUACAUACAUGAAGAUCACUUGUUAAUAAUUUUUGUAUGUAUAUUAAACAUGUUCAUGAGUUUUUUAUUUAUAUUA